UCUGUGUCAGAGCAUCGCAAGAUGUUGCCAGUGUCGCGUCCAUUCUCAGUGCUCCUCUGCCUGCUGCUGCUGCUGCUGCAGCUGAGCUUGGCGAGAAUCUUCGAGCGUUGCGAACUGGCCAACCUGCUGCAGAAGCAAUACGGAUUGCCAGCUGCCCAGGUGGCCAACCUGGUGUGCAUUGCGCAGCACUCGAGUGAUUUGAACACGGCUGCCUUUGGCGGUGGCAGCGGACCGGGCGGCGGCUCGCAUGGCAUCUUCCAGAUCAGCGAUGUCUACUGGUGCUCGCCGCCGGGCCAGGGCGCGGGCUGUGGCCUGAGCUGUUCGCGUCUGCGCGACGAUGACAUUGCGGACGAUGUUGCGUGUGUGCGCAAGAUCCACGCGGAGCAUCAGCGCAUCUCGGGGGAUGGCUUCAACGCCUGGCAGGCCUACAAUGCGUAUUGUCGCCAGGAUGCGGCUUCCUACGUGGCAGGCUGUGGUCUACCAACUGCCAACUCAAACGCUGUGCGCGUGGCUGCCUCCUAUCAACAGCCGAUCAAGGUGAGCUAUCAGUCUAGUCUGGUUCCAGUGCGUCGGCAGGGCAAGAUCUACAGUCGCUGUGAGCUCGCACAGGAGCUGUUCUAUCAGCACAAGCUGCCCAUGCAGCAGAUACCCACGUGGGUGUGCAUUGCCCAGCACGAAUCCUCCUACAACACGGCGGCAGUGGGUCGCUUGAAUGCCGAUGGCAGCGCGGAUCAUGGCCUGUUCCAGAUCAGCGAUCUCUACUGGUGCACGCACGAUCAGCGCGGCGGCAAGGGCUGCCGCGCCGGCUGUCAACAAUUCCUGGACUCCAGCAUUGCGGACGAUGUGCAGUGCAUACGGCGCAUUUACCAGGAGCACACACAAAUAUCGGGCGACGGCUUCAACGCUUGGACCGUCUACAAUCGGGAUUGUCGCAACCAGCGCUACGAGCAGGUGGCCGCCUGCUUUGCCAAGCCACCACUGGUCGCGCCGGCCACACAUCCCAAUGCCAUUGGCGGCAGCGCGGGCAAGUUCACCUAUGCCUAUCCAGCUGCUACGACGCCCAAUCCCUACUACAGGCCCUCCAACAAGUUGGUCAGCUAUCCGGGCAAUCCUUUCCUGCGCCCGCGCCAGCCGCAAGUUCAGCCGCAUCCCAAUCUAAUUGGAGAACCCACAAAAUCUCACUUUGCCAGCGUCUACAGCACGCCAGCUACUAAUCCCUUGCUCAGCUUCAAGCAACACACAACACCCAAACUACAAACAACACAACAACACUUUUACACAACACCUACACGAGCUGGUAAAGUUUAUAAACGCUGUGAAUUGGCGCAAGAGUUGUAUUUCUCACACAAGUUUCCCAUGCAGGAUAUAGCCACUUGGGUGUGCAUCGCGGAGCAUGAAUCCCGCCUGGAUACGGCGGCGGUGGGUCGGCUGAACGCGGACGGCAGCGCGGAUCACGGUCUGUUCCAGAUCAGUGAUCUCUACUGGUGCACGCACGGCGAGGGCGUCGGGGGCAAGGGCUGUCACAUCGAGUGCGAUCGCCUCUUGGACUCGGACAUUUCGGAUGAUGUCAGGUGCAUACGCACCAUACACGAGGAGCACACACGCAUCUCCGGAGAUGGCUUCACUGCGUGGACAGUGUACAAUGGACAUUGCAGGGAUCGCAGCAGAGCUGAGAUUGCCAGCUGCUUCGAGUCUAAGGAACUAGAUAAGGAACCGGUUAGGCCAGCCAAGCCGGCAGACAAUGAGCUGGUAAGGAAACCCAAGCCCAAGGGCAAGAUAUAUAAUCGCUGUGAGCUGGCGAAGGAGCUCUACUACAAGCACAAGCUGCCCAUGCGGGAGAUACCCACCUGGGUGUGCAUUGCCCAGCAUGAAUCCUCCUAUAACACGGCUGCAGUAGGUCGCCUGAAUGCCGAUGGCAGCGAGGAUCACGGUCUGUUCCAGAUCAGCGAUCUCUACUGGUGCACGCACGGCGAGGGCGGUGGCAAGGCCUGUCACAUUGAAUGCGACAGUUUGCUGGACUCCGACAUCUCGGAUGAUGUCCAAUGCAUCCGUACUAUACACGAGGAGCACACACGUAUAUCUGGAGAUGGCUUCAACGCCUGGACAGUUUAUAAUGGCCACUGCCGAGGCCAAAGCCUGGCACAGUUGAGCGAUUGCUUUGCAGGCAACGAAAUCUCCGAGGCGGAGAAGCCCAGCCAUUAUGGAGAGCGGCCACAAGUGCAAGCCCCACAACAGCAGCCGGUAGUAAAGAUCGCAGCUAACCAUGACUACGGUGCCAAUCCUUUCCUGCAACAUCUAAGCGCAUCGCAGACAACGCAGGUGGUAGUCCAAGCUGUUAAAACAACUGCCAAGCCACCAGUCCAAAUAACCGUGGUGCCUAAUCUUCCUUUUGGUUCAAAUCCCUUUUUACAACAACUGAAGCCCCAACAGCAAGCUCCACUGAGCACAUCCGAGACUCGCCCUAUUAAGUUUAUUGAUCAAGAGCAUGUUUUAAAGUCUAGCUACGAUCACAAUCCUUUUCUGAAACCUCUUUAUAAGCCUUCUGCUAAUGCUAUUCAAUCCACAACGCAAUACAAACCCACUUCCCACUUCAAUCAAAGUCCAUCCCAUGUGCCUAAUCCCUUUCUCAGCCUAGCUAAUAAGCCAGACGUUAGUCCGGCUAAAAUAAGCCCCACUUCCAAGCCCACGGCGGCAGCUAAGGUUACACAUCAUUCAUACAUAAGCAGCGACAGCUUUCCUCAAAGUACGAUAUUAACAAGACAAACAACAACCAAAUCCACAGCUCGCCAAACAACUACAAAAUCCCCAACUCGUCAGACAACUACCAGACCCACGAUCCGAGCUUCCACUGCCAGACCUGCGACUCGUUACACAACAACUAGAGUCCCAACUGGUCCAACGACGAGAAUCCCAACAAGCCUCACAACAACAAGGCCUACAACUCGUCCUACAACCCGUCCUACAACCCGUCCUACAACUCGUCCUACUACGAGGGCCACAACAAAGACGACAACGAGAUUCACCACACUUUCCACAACAGCGAGACCUACAACACGCCCUACAACGAGAGCCAUAACACAGCCGACGACGACGAGAUCGACAACGCGUUUCACAACAACGGGACCCACAACUCGUCUAACAACAAGAGCAACAACACAACAGACAACGAGAUCAACAACGCGUUCCACAACAACCCACCACUCGCCCUUCAACGAGAGCCACAGCACAGCCAACUACAACGAGAUCAACAACUCGUUCUACAACCACCUGGCGGCCAUUUACAUCAAACUGGUUCUCAACAACUCGCUAUCCAAUAACAACAACUACUGCUCAUGGCCUCAGUUCUACACGUCCCGCUUGAGUACUUCCACAACGCCUAGACCCUACCUUUUUACCUCGACAACAACAACUCGACGCCCCGCAACGACAGCAAGGAGUGCAACGACUAAGGAUCCAUUUGACCAUCCAUUCUUUGCGAAAUUUAAGGCAACAUUUGAUACAACUCGCACGUCGCCAUCAACUGUCACAAAGCCCACCGCGACGUCCACUCUGUCCAACCCAGGCAAAUUCACUGCCAGCCCGUAUUAUGCCAAAUUUAAGGAAAACAGCAUCAAAGCGUCAGCCAAAACGGCCUAUGCCUAUGAUUUUGGCCAGAAUCGAACAACAACUACGAUCCGGCCCUACCCGACAGCUAAAACAACGGCCAAAUUGAUCUGAGGUGGAACAAGAACUAAAAUUUGGGUAUAUUGGUAGGGAAACUUGUAAAUAUGCGUGUAAUGCGGCUAGUUUAGUUUGUAUAUUGACAGAAUACUCA